AUGACUUCACCAAGCAUCCAUAAGGAUUUGGUUAAUUGUUGUGCUGUAGAGAUGACAAGGUCUAUGAUCAAUGAGAUGGGUGAUUCUUUAUUUUCAAUUUUGGUUGAUGAGUCUCAUGAUAAUUCUAUAAAAGAACAAAUGGCAGUUGUUUUGAGGUUUGUUGAAAAAAGUGGGCAAGUGAAGGAGCGUUUGUUAGGCAUUUCCCACAUCGCUGAUACUUGUGCCCAAUCACUCAAGGAUGUCAUUGAUGCAAUAUUUUCUACCCAUGGGUUGAGCAUAUCUAGCCUGAGAAGUCAAGGUUAUGAUGGAGCAAGCAAUAUGUCAGCUUCAGUUGACAGUUGUUUCUUGGCACAUAGGAAUGUUAUGCUUAGUGAUUUAUUUAACAUACUUGCUAUUAUUGUGAAUUUGGUUGGUGUAUCAUGUAAACGUAUAGAUGCUCUUCGAACAAGUUAUUAUUCUGAAAUUCUGAAGAGGCUUAAUAUUAAGGAACUUUCUGGUGGAAUUGGUCAAUUUCAAGAAAUGAGUUUGGCAUGCCCAGGUGAAACUAGAUGGGGCUCACAUCUAAAGACAAUUACUCGCUUCAUUACUAUGUUUAAUGUGAUCAUAGAUGUUCUUGAGAAUAUAUCAGAAGAUGGCAUAAAUUUAGAGCAAAAAUCAAUGGCAGUAAGACAGAUAGACACUAUGCAAGAAUUUCAAUUUGUGUUCAGUCUCCAUUUCAUAUUUGAAAUUCUUGCAAUUACAGACUACCUUUCACAAGCCUUACAGAAAAAAGAAUCAGGAUAUUCAGAAUGUUAUGAGGUUAUUGAAGUUGUACAUAUUUCAAUGCCCAAUAUGAAUGAUAUUGUAGUAUUGAAAGAUUCAAUCUCGCAAGAGUUGAAUGAUCGUUUUCUAGAAACUACUACUGAGCUUUUUACUAGCAUUUCGUGUUUAAGUCCAAGAGAUUUAUUUGCAGCUUUUGAUGUAUAUAAAUUUGUAUGA